GAGAGAGAGAGAGAGAGAGAGAGAGAGACGUAGUGAGGGAGAGAGAGCGAGAAAGAGAUUCUCACACUGGCUGUGUCCUAAUCCGAGUCCAUCUCCAAGAAGCAGCGGAGCAGAGUGUUGGUGAAGUGAGUCUGAGAGCCAAGGAGAGCUACAUCAGCUAGCUCCACUCACACACACACACACACACACACACACACACACACACACACACACACACACACAUACACACACACACACACACACACACGAACACACAUAAUCUCUCUCUCUCUCUCUCUCUCUCUCUCUCUCUCUUUCUCACUCUCUCUUUUUCACACACACACACACACACACACACACACACACACACAUACACACACUCUUUUGCAACGGGAGUCCACGAUGUGUCCGGCUGCACGGCCACGGCUUUUGUGAAAGUGAGGGGAUUGACGCUGCCCCCCGUCCCAGCCCCCUUGGCUCACACACACAGUGUUUGUUUGCUGUGUUUAAGCUCGAGGUGCUGGUGGAGGUGGUGUGGUGGGGGGGCACCGCCAGGGCAGAGCAGGGGCUCCGGAGGGGAGAAGAAGAAGAAGAAGAAGAAGAAGAAGAAGAAGAAGAAGAAGAAGAAAAAGAAGAAGAAGAAAAAGAAGAAGAAGAAGAAGAAGAAGAAGAAGAAGAAGAAGAGGAGGAGGAGGGAGACAAAGUGGAUCAGAUCAACAGCAGCAGACUGAACGCUGGAAAUGCCCGUCAGGUCUGAGUCAGUCACAUCCUCAACCAAUCAGAGCCUUCGUUAACCGCGGCGUCGGCACGUGAUUGGGAGAAGGAUGGCAACCAUGCCAUUUGUCAGCGAGGGGAAGUGUGUGAGCGUGGAGUGGGAUUUCCUACAAGGACUACUGGCCAAGCCUCCCACCCUUCCCUGUCUCCAGAACCUGCGUAAAGAGAAGUCUCGCAAUGCGGCUCGUUCACGGCGGGGGAAGGAGAAUUUCGAGUUCUUUGAGCUGGCCAAGAUGCUGCCUCUGCCCGGGGCCAUCACCAGCCAGCUGGACAAGGCCUCGGUCAUCCGGCUGACCAUCAGCUACCUGCACAUGCGCACCUUUGCCAACCAGGGAGACCCUCCCUGGAACCCUCUGAUGGAGGGAGACAUCAACUACAGCAAAGUUAGACGAUCAUCUCUUUCUCUGGCUACUGACAUGUUUGAGCUGCACCUGGGGGCGCACCUCCUGCAGUCCCUGGAUGGCUUUGUGUUCGUGGUCAGUCAGGAGGGACGUUUCCUCUACAUCUCAGAGACAGUUUCUAUCUACCUGGGACUCUCACAGGUGGAGCUGACCGGCAGCAGUGUGUUUGACUACAUCCACCCGGCGGACCACGUCGAGAUGGCCGAGCGGCUGGGGAUCAGGCCGCAUCUGAGGGCCGAGGCCGGAUGUCACACGGGCCCCGAGAGCGCUUCCAGCUCCGCAUCCACCUCCUCUUUAGCUGCUCCGUCUAGUCCUCAUUCUCCUGCUGACGAACCUUGCGAACGCGGCUACUUCGUCCGCAUGAAGUCCACGCUCACCAAAAGAGGCCUGCACGUCAAGUCUUCUGGAUACAAGGUAAUCCAUGUGACAGGACGAAUCCGCUACCGCCCUGCACUUGUGCCGGGCUCUUCGCGCUCAGUUCGUCGACCACUGGGUUUGGUUUCACUGGCGCACACCCUCCCGCCCUCCACGCUUAAUGAAGUCCGCAUGGAGAGCCAAAUGUUUGUCUUCCGAGUGAACAUGGACCUGCAGGUCACAUAUUGUGAGAACAGGAUCUCAGAGUAUAUGGAUCUGACCCCAGCAGAGGUUGUGGGACACACCUGUUACCACUUCAUCCAUGUAGAAGACCUGGAAAACCUCCGGCAGAGCCAUGAGGACUUGCUGAGGAAAGGCCAGGUGGUGACCGGUUACUACCGUUGGCUCCAGAGAAGAGGAGGCUACCUGUGGAUCCAGUCCAGUGCCACCGUCUCCAUCAACCACAAAGCCCCCCAUGAACGCAAUGUCAUCUGGGUCAACUACAUCCUGAGUCGAACAGAGUUACCCGACACUCCCCUGGAUAUACUGCAGCUACCAGAGAACGUAAGAGCGGAGCGACUUCGAGUUAGCUCGCCCCCCACCGACAGCUCCCCACAGGCCCGAGGCCUGCAGCAAGUGAAGAGCUCAGGGGGGAAGAGUGACCCCGACACUAAAGGCAGAGAGAAAUUCACCACUGCUGCCAUCCAAUCAGAGGACAGGAGGAAGCGCCUGCUGAGGUCCGACCCCGAGGGCGCUCCUCCCGAAACCCGCCGCAGACUGGAGGAACUCCGUCAUGCGGAGGAGAGUGUAUCGGCCUCCUCUGACCUGGCCAGCGAAAGCGAGGGGGAGGAGGAGGAAGAGACAGAGUGGGACCAUGGGGGAGACAGUGACAGAUUGAAACAGGAAGACAGGGGAGGAGGUAAACAGAGUAGGGGAGGAGACACCCCCACUAGAGGGGAGAGGGGGAGCAGGGUGCACAACGGCCGGGCUGUGAUCCAGCAACUGAAGAGCGUAGUGACCCCGUCUCCCCUGUCUGGCAACCCCAGCAUCAAGACUGAACAUGAAGCCCUGACCACCGGGGGGCGAUGGGGGUCACACACGCAAACCUCCACCCCCCACACACACACUAGCCAGCCCCAACCCUCACAUGCACACACACCCUCCAGCAGCCUCAACGGCGACAGCCCCACCACCCCGAUCCCCGACUCUUCUUCCAGCAGUGAGGCCCCCCCAAAAGGGUUGUUCACUCCCCCGUCCCCGGCUCUGUCCCCCGCCAUGUCCGUGUCCUCCCCGCUGCCCCGUGAGGACAGGAUUUUGUCGGGGUUGGUCAGUCGGAGCAGUGGUGGUGUAGGUAGCGCUCCUGACUUUGAGCUGCUCCAGAGACUGGCUGCAGGCGGUGCAGCGGGGAGGGUCCUCUUCCACCCCCUUGCCCUCAGCCCGCAGGGCCCUCAGAGCCUGUACGCCCCCAGCACUAUCCGCUACGCUCCACCUGAGCUGCCCCCCUCCCACCACCACGGCGGAGGACACAGCGACGGCCUGCAGCUACGCUCGGACCACCACAAGGGACCCCCGCCAGCCUUCUUCCCCCACCUACAGCGGUUGGCCGGCUUGCCACCCUUCAGUGGUUUCUCCCCGUCUGACAGCCCUUUCUCCUCCGGCCUGCCCUUCUGUAUGAAUGGACUGAGGGGGGCCGCAGGCUCCGAGGAGGACUGAGACUUAGAAGGCAGGAGGUGAGAGGGGACGAUAAAAAUGAAGGAUGGAGCAGAGUGACAGACCAGAAAGAGAGACAUUGAAAAGGGCAGGAGAGACAGAAGUGGCAGGACAUUAAGCCUCUAAGGACGUUACUAAUUGGACAAUGAGUUGAAUAACUGCGAUUUAAAAUAUGUGACAAGUCGCUGCCAUAGGGAAUUAUUUUGUCUGACCAUUGUGGACAAGUGACAGUGACUCUCAGAGAAAACACGACAUGGAAACUUUUGACUGGCUGUCCCUCAAGGCUUUCCGUCUCUACAACAAUAAUGAACUCUGCUCUGUGUCUUUCUCUAGAUGACUGUGUUGAUUUCUGUGUCUCUUCCACUCAGAGAAGCCAUAUUGUAUAUAGAGACAAAACCAUAAAAACCCUCAGCUCCCGUCCUCCUCACUGUCACUCCAAUUAACCCAAUUAACCCAAAAGCCAGUAGAAAGAGAUGGACACUUGUCUGAAGGAAUGAAAGCGACUUUGGAAUAUACAUUUUUAUUAUGGCAGUAUUAUACAAAUCAUCUCUUACGCUGAGAUCCAGGUGAGAAAUUUGAUUAUAGGGUUUCUGUUCAAAUAGACGGAGAAAGCCCUCUGGUGUUUUUGUAUUGAGAUUCAAAAUUAUAAUAAUAAAAAAAAAGUAUUCAUCAGUCAGCCAUACUUAAAGCACACUGUUGGGACAAAAAUAUGAAUAAUGUAGUCCCAGACAUUCCAUUAUAUAUAAGGGAAGAAAAUGCAAUGCAGACAGGACGCAAUUUCUGUUGUUUGAUUAUAGGAAGGUCAUUUGUUUAACUGAGUAUUAAUUAUAGUAUAUUCUGUAUGAUGCUGCGGUUGUGUUUGUGUAUGAAAGCCAUAUUCUUGUUUUUUUAAAGGUUUUUAUUGAUUUCGAUAUUUCAGCGGAUAAAACAGAUGGUGUGAUAAUUGUGUCUAGACAGACAAAAUAACAUUGUUUUAUUGGAUGUACAAUGUCAUCCAAAUACCUUUUUGUAUUAUUCUCUAAAAAAAAAACUAUUUCUGAAAAUGUUUUUAGAAGGGGAAUAUUAUCAUUUAAACCUCUCUGUUUUUCUAAGCACUUACUGAAAUUUGUUCUGGUGUGAACUCAAAGCACUUCAUCACUUAACACUCACUGUGUGAUCCUGUUAAAACAGAAAACAAUGCAAAAGUGGUCACUAAUAUCAUAGCCUGACCCCAGUGUAGUAAAGGUGAUAAAUGGUUAUUUAAAAAGGCAGAUAAAUAAACAGACCUGUGGUCAUUAAAAGACGACCAUUAGAGGUCAAUAAAAAAAUAACCAGAAUUAUUCUGAUAUUGGUUUCAGUUCAAUUUAGUCAACUGGAAGUAAAGUUUUAAAUUAAAUAGUGGAAAUAUAAAACACUUUAAAUGUCAGUUUCUCACUGAUUUAUUGGAAUUCCUCUAAGGACUAAAAUAAAAAAUACAAAACGGUUUUUAAAUCAGUGCAUUUGUACUGAAAUGAGUCACAAACUAUUUGGUGGUUGUCUAAAAGAUGCUCAAACAAUUGAGAAUCUUCAUUUCAAAAUGUGAUAAUUAACAUCUGAAAAAGUAAACCGUUGGUAAUAAUACAGCCAAAUGCAUUAUUGAAUAAUUGUGACAAUAAUACAAAAAUAAUCACAGCUAUAAAUACUUAGACAUAAACAUCAGAUAGCUCUCUAGCACUUUGGAAUACAGUUCUUCAAACGGAUCUAUCAUGUGAUCAAAAUGCACAUAGAAUUGAUAUCAUUGUUGGAAACCAAGUCUUCAAAAUGAUGCCAUAAAGCCAGACACCGUAUGUAAGUUGCUUUUGUUUUGCUUCCAAAUUGAGAUUAUGGUCGACUGUCUGAUCCGAGGGCUCAGUUUAUGUGGAAAUCUCUGACGCUCUGAUGUCUGACAAAGAAAAGAAGAAAAAACAUGUCUAAUCGUUCAGAUCCGACGUGCACUACACACCCAUACUGUAGCUGUCACAUGCAAAUAUGUGUGAGCGCACAUAUUCUCGGGUGUUUAAUGGUAUAACGUGUGUGUAUGAUUGCGUGCGUGUGCGUUUGCUUGUACAAGUGUGUCUGUUUUUUUUGCUUUUUUUGUUGAAAUAAAUAGCUAACCCCUUGCCCAUCACUGUGAAUCUAACAUGAUCCCCCCCCCCCCCCCCCCCCCCCCCCCAUCUUUGUGAAUACUCCACCCACUCAUCAAAUAAAAUGAACAAAUGUAAAAAGAAAAACAGUGAUACAGAUGACGAUAACAAUAAAAAUAUUCCAGUAGAGGAGCACAACUCAA